CACACUCGGCAGGUCUUCAUGCUUCUAGAGGGAGAACGGAUUAUGAACGCGUUCGGGCAGCAGCCUUCGAGCCAGCAAACGAGUUCCCUCCAGCACCCCAACGCGCAGGACAUCCUGGACAUGACUGUGUACUGCGACACCAACUUCAGCAUGUACCAACAGAACCUCCAUCAUCACCACCACUCGCAGAGGCCACCUGCGCAUCCUUCCAGCUAUGGAAUUGGCGAGUACACCUCACCCACCACCAACCCCUACCUGUGGAUGAACGGCCCGGGUAUUGGCUCCUCUCCGUAUCUUUCAGGCCCUAACGGAGGUUCGUAUAUUCAGUCAGGAUUUGGGUCGAACCAGCGGCAGUUUCUUCCUCCUCCAACGGGCUUUGGAAGCGCAGACCUCGGGUGGCUCUCCAUUUCAAGUCAGCAGGAACUUUUCAAGAUGGUUCGACCGCCUUAUUCCUACUCAGCGCUUAUUGCGAUGGCUAUCCAGAAUGUUCAGGAUAAGAAACUGACCCUCAGUCAAAUUUAUCAGUAUGUGGCUGAUAACUUUCCUUUUUACAAGAAAAGCAAAGCCGGGUGGCAAAACUCCAUAAGACACAAUCUGUCAUUGAAUGACUGCUUCAAGAAAGUUGCGAGGGAUGAAGAUGACCCUGGGAAAGGAAAUUACUGGACUUUGGACCCCAACUGCGAGAAAAUGUUCGAUAAUGGCAACUUCAGAAGGAAGAGAAAGAGAAGAGCUGAUGGGAACAGUGGAAACGCCAGCGUCUUGACCGUCAAACCCGAGGACUCGCUCAAAUUGUCGGACACGGCGAGCCUGAUGAGCGCCUCCCCGCAGAGUCUCCAAAACUCCCCGACCUCCAGCGAACCAAAAUCAUCUCCGUCACCCACCACAGAGAACAGCCCCUGUUUUAACAACUUCAUCGGUAACAUGAACUCGAUAAUGGCAGGAAACAGCAACGGGAUCAGAGGCCGGGACGUCAGCUCUGGACACUUGGGGGAUUUUACGCACGGCAUGCCUGGACAUGAGAAUGCGCCUCAGUCAGAACCCAGUUAUCUCAACACCAACAGACUAAACUACUACACUGCAUCCCAUAAUAACAGUGGUUUGAUCAACUCACUCUCCAACCAUUUCAGUGUUAACAAUCUCAUACAUAACCGGGAUGGAACAGAGGUUUAG